AUAAAGGUCGGUAUUUCAACUGCCCUUUUUUCUCUUUUCUUUUUUUUUUUUUUCUCUAACACACACCCCCCCAUAAUAUACCAUGACAGACCUCAUUCCCGUUGGAUUAAACAAGAACAAAAGGACAUUUAAACCCAACAUUCACAAAAAGAAACGUAACCGUCCAACAACAACAACGCCAUCACCACCUCCCAGUCCACAACAUACCCACUCCUCGGACCCAGACAGUCCACCCACCUAUACCGAACACGAAAGCACUGAUGAUACGACAGAGAAUGAAAGAAGGGUGAAGAGGAGGAGGAGGAGGAGGCGUAAUGAGCCAACGAGGACAGAAGCAACACCUGAACCGGACAAUGAGGAGGAGGAGGAGGAGAACCGUCUUACACAUCUAUUACGAGAAAGAGAAUGCGAUUUAAAGUCACCCAUGUAUACAGAAUUAAAACAAAUGUAUCAACAUUUACUCGAUUCAACACGUGCAAAGACAGUGGUUCCACCAUGGAAAGAAGUCCAACAUGAUGAACUUGUCACUGCUUUCGAUCGAAGAAUGGAAUUACUUCGUGUGUCUCCAAUGAAGAAAGGAACGUAUGUGGCAAGAAAGAAUAAGCGUUGGACGGAUUUGGAAACACAAGUGUUUUACGACGGCUUGAAGGAAUUUGGAAUGAAAUUUUCAAUGAUUGCAGACACGAUUCCUGGUAGAACAGAACGAGAGGUACAUGAAAAGUAUCUGAAAGAAGAACGAACCUAUCCACAUAAAGUAUCCGAAUACUUGAUCUUGUGAAAAACACACACACACACACACAA